UGUUGUUUUUGUAUUUAUGUCAAGUUGAACUGAAACAUAGCUUACUAAUUAUUUAUUUUUUUGUUUUUUUAUUUCUGUUUGAAAUUUUGUUAUUCUAUUUGAUAUUAACAUUUAAUCAUGCCAUUAGUUGCUUAUGAAUCUAGUGAUGAUGACGAGGGUUCUCAAGGAGAGGAGAUAAUUGAGUCUUCAGUUAUUUCAGUUACUGAUAAAGAUGGCCAAAAGAAACAUGUCGAUCAGUUGGCUGGUCCUUCAAAAUCAGAUAAACCGCAAGCAGUUCAAGUUAUCAAAUCGAAUGGUUCAAAUGGGACAGUAAACGAUUAUGAUUACGGUGUGAAACGUGUGGAGGAAGAACCUGAUGUAUCUUAUGGUGAUACAAGUCAACUCUCUGUUCUUAAAAAUUUAUCUGAAGCUGGUAAAAAAUCAUCAGUACCUGUUGCAGUGACCGCUGGCCUGAGUGAUAUUGUGGUGGUUGAUAAAAAGUCUAAGAAAAUUAAAGUAGUUAUACCUUCAUUGGACGAAAUGGAUUGUGAUUCAGAUGAAGAUGAAGAAGUAGGUCCUAAAAGGAAAAUUACUCCAGCAGGAGGUUGCUCUUUAAAAUCUUUACUGCCAAAACCAAAGAAUGCUCCAAGAUUUAAUUCUUCUCUAUUUUCAUCAACACCAAUAACACAACCAACAUCAUCAUCAUUAUCAUCAGCAUCAACAACAGUAAAUUCAUCUGUUGCUUCACUUAUUCCUCACUCAAUUUCACGGCCAAAAACUGGUAUACCUCCUUCAAAGCGACCUAAAAAAGCUUCCGUAAAAUCAAACGAUGAUGAUGAAACUCCAACCUCCUUCUUUUCAUUUGGUGAUGUACAGUCAACUAAGCAAUUGGAUGCAAAUAUUGAAACGAUCAUACCCGUUGUUAAAUCCAAACCUGAAGCUGAGCUUAAAUACAGUGAUGUUGAUUACAAUAUACCAACAACAUCAUCCAACUAUUCCCAGCAAAAUGAAAGUAAACAACCACCAACUAAUAACAUCAAUGAUCCAGAGUUUAAGAAAUUCAUAGCUUCUAAAUUUGGAGAAGAACCAGCCGAAAAAAUCGAUAUAGUUGAAGUAAAUGUUGGCUCAUACCUAGCAGGCAAUCAUGAACUUUUAAAAUCUAUAAGCAUGGAAUCCGGACCAACAGUUAAAGGACCUGCACCCAGUCAGUUAGCUAAAAGAAAGAAUCAAAUUACAUACCUUGCUUAUCAAGCGAAGCAAAGGGAAGUGGAUCUUAAAAAUCAAAUAUCCAAUAAUAAAUUUACUAAAGCACAAACAAGGAGUAGAUAUGGCUUCUAAUGUCCUAAAAAGUCAAGAGAUAAAUUUUUCAAAUUCAUAACUAAUUUGAUUAAAGUUUAUUUUGUACAUUAUUCAA